GUGGUAUAAACCCCAGUAGUGAAUUUACACUCCGCGCCAGGUUAAAAUUGCGAAAACAUGACCGCGCGCAUUGAAUAUUUAGAAGUGUAUUCACUCGACCAACGACAACCAUAAUAAGACAUCAGAAACAUCCAAGUGCUAUUAUUUUCGUUCCCUGGAAAAGUGGAACGAUUCGAUUACUGGUCCAACCGGCCAUUCGCGACCCCGAAGCCAAUUGGAAUCCCAUAUUAAGAGAGUUUAGAGGAAAGGAAAAAGAACGUGAUUGAUGGGAGAGAAUUCAAUGGCAAGUUUGAGGAAUGCUCUCGGAGCUCAUGAGCUUACGGACAAGAAGAGUGGAUUAUAUCGAGCAUUAUUUGCCGAAUUCUUGGGAACGUUACUUCUCAAUUUCUUCGGAUGUGGUGCAGUUAUGACUGACAAUGUAGUGGCAAUAAGUUUGGCUUUUGGAAUUGCAGUCGCCGGAAUUGUUCAGGCUAUUGGUCACGUGUCCGGAGGUCACAUUAAUCCUGCAGUCACGUUUGGAAUGUUGGCAAUUGGAAAGGUGCCGGUGAUACGAGCGAUUCUUUACGUGAUAUCGCAGUGUGCAGGAGCAAUUGCCGGCUCGGCGAUUUUGAGAGCCUUCUCCGACGAGGGUAAUUUUUCGGAAAAUAAAUUAGGAGCAGUGGGACUUAACAGACUCACACCCAUUCAAGGAUUUGGAAUUGAAUUUUUCCUGUGUUUAAUUCUCGUCAUGGUGGUUUGUGGCGCAUGUGAUGGAGGAAAACCCGAAAGUAAAGGAGUUGCACCCUUAAUUAUUGGCCUCACUGUUUCUGCCUGCCAUCUCAUUGCCGUGAAAAGAACCGGAUCAGGAAUGAAUCCCGCCAGGUCAUUGGGAAGUUCUGUGGCUUUGGGAGAUUACGACGAUCAUUGGAUUUAUUGGAUUGGACCAAUUUUGGGUGGAGUGGCAGGUGCUUUAAUUUACACUCAUGCACUUGGUUCGGCGAAAGAGCAAGAACUACCGAAUUAUGCUAAUGUGGCCACUGAAGAAAAGGAGCGGUUCGAGUACAUUGACAGCGGACGUGGUGGCCUUUAGGGAUGAGAUCAGAAAAAUACAAAGAGAAUCGAACUCCAACGACUCACCGGCAAGAAGGGCACUCAACCUGCUUGAUUUAACAACGGUUAAUCUGCUGCAUCUCCAUUUGCGCACUUUUUAAUCAGGCAUAACCAGCAUGAUGCUGCAUGCUUAUAAUACGUUCGUCUUAAACUGGAGAAGAUAUUUUCCAGAAUCACUCGCAUCACCACGAAGAACUUUAUAUUUUUCCACCUAAUUAAUUCUUUCAGUGUUAUAAAUUAAGUCUAAAAAAAAAGUCUAAAGAAAGUCUAAAAAAGUCUAAAAAAAGUUUAAGACUUUUUUUAGACUUUUUUUUAAACAAAUUCUUCACAUACCGAGAAGAUAAUUAAGAUUUAUAUUAACAAACUGUUGGAGAAAUUCUUUUAAAUAUUAUUUAUGAAAAACGGAUUUCACUUUUUUUUUAAUUUUUGUUGACAAAGUUUUCUUUUCAUUUAAGAAUUAUUUUUUUGGAAAAAAAAUCUCUUUUGCCUAAUUGGAUCUUUUGCUUUCAAAAAGAUACUUUUUUGUCUUCAAAAUAUGCGAUUCUUACCAUAUAUUAAUUAGGGGAAUAAUUUACAAAAUUUCCCCUUUUGGGAUCUUUCCAGAAAUCCACUUUUCUAUAUUCUUUUCCAAAAAAUAAAAAUUACUAAAAUUCUUUUUUUGAAUGAUUAAAUAAUUAAUUAAUAAUUGAUAAAUUAAUUAAUAAAAUAAGCAUAUAGUUCCUCUAAGAAAUUUCAAGAGAUUAAAUAUAUUAGAUAUAUUUUACUUAUCACUAUUAUAUUAUAUAGAUAGGUAUAUAAUAGUAUAUUUUAUUAUAUUAUACAAUAUUAUAUUUUAUUAUAUUAUAUUAUAUUAAAUUAUAUUAUAUACAUAACUAUAUAAUCAUAAUAUUUACUGUUACUAUAUAUUAUAUUUCAAUAUUUAUGUCUAUUUUUAAUAUUCAAUGUUCAUAAACAGCUUUACACUCCAAAUGAAAUAAUUUCAAGAAAAACGAUCAAUGAUCCUUUUGAAUGAAAUAACGAAAGGUAGAGCCAUCUGGUAAAACUUCUAUUACUUAUAUUAUUUAUUCACGUCGAUAAUUUUAAUUUUCAUUAAUUUUUAGUUUAUUGUUGAAAAAAUGAAAAUAUUUCAUAAAAAAAAAAUUGCCAGCCGACUUCAUUAUGUGUGAUUUUUAAUUUUAGUUAUCGAUAUUAAUUAUUGUCAUUUAACCCAAAAAACACACUAACUGCAUGAAUGUUCGUAAUUAAUAUUCACUUUUUUUUUAAUUUAAUUGUAUUAAUAAAAAAAUAAUAGCAUCUCAUCAUAGAUUAUAAGUCAAAUAUGCGAAAAUUACAUUAUAGAAAAAAUAGAAAAUAUUUUUUACGACGCUUAUUGUAAUAUUUAUUUUACUCCAAAAUAUUCGGUUUCGCAUUUAAUAGAGAAUUUUUGUCUUCCGAUCGAUGAAAUUUGUUAUUUAAAUAUUUGUUAAAAAUAUUAAAAAGUUAAUAAAUAAUAACAAUUCCUAAUUUGUAAACUUAAAAUAUGUUAAAAUAUACAAAAUGGAAAAUAUUUUAAAAAAGCAAGUAUACUUUUCUACUUUGCAAAAUAAUUAUCAAAAUGUAUUUGGUUGUAGAACCAUCUUUUGCAUAAUAAAAAAAUACUUUGUACAAAGUUUAAAA